GCUAUUCUUCAUAACUUGACGGUUGUACUUUGUCGCCUAGCAACAGCUGGAGACAGUAAAUUGGACUGUGGCUGCUACUUUUGACUUGCUGCGUUACCACAAACGGAAAUUAUUGUUUUCUAAUGAAACAAUGACGACAUAAACCGCCAAGUUAGCCGCGAUAAAGAAUUCAAACUUUCUGGCGUAAUUGAGUUUUCAGUAGGAAUUUGUAACUAUGCUGGAAUUCAUCAGUCACAGAGGAAGUGUGGAAGUGUUUAUCUCCCCUACAGACUGCACCUGACACCGGACGCUAAUUAAUAGAAUGCUAACAUGGAGCAGAGGGAGCAGUGUACCCUUAACCCGGGCCUUCGCCAGGCCCAGGCUCACAGCAUCCAAGCUGAGGAAACCUGUCCUGUGCAGGACUCUCCACUUCAAACCACUGAAGUCUCCAAGAGCAGGAAAACACAAAGGACGUUGCCCUGCCAUGGAGCAGUUGGAGCCAGACCCUACUGCUCCCCUGAGUACAGCCCUGACUUCUACAAGUUAGACUCAACAUUACCUCACAGCAAAUUUGGGACGAUGUCACAUAUGAAAACAGAUACCUUCAUUCCUCUCCAGCCUUCUACCAAAACACUUCUCUUAAACAGGGGACCAGACUGAAACCUGCUCGAGCAGGAUGGGAUCGAAGUCAUUGACCUGGAGUCAGUCAUCAUGAUGACAAGUGAGCUUUUUGUAUGCAACCAUGCAAACUCCGCUGAGACAGACUGUGAGAUAUGAAUGAAUGCUUCGGAAAAAGCUAGAGUGGACUUUGAGUGGAGUUCUUUAUUUAUUCAUUUUAUUUAUUUAUAUUUGUUGUCAAACUACAGCAAUACUACACUGGUCCCAGGCCUCUGAAUCACUGCCUACAUCUCAAAUGUGGUCAAUGAUUCAAACAGGUCUGGUUUCGCAUCUGGAGAAACAGUCAGCCAAUCAGAGCUUAGCAGGUAGGAGUAAAGGGGAUAAUCAUGUACAUUUACAGGUCUAUAUUUAUAUUCUGGGACUCUAAUGGAAUAUCUUUGCAUGAUUUACAGUCAAAAAACUCCUUAUCUAUUUUAUACUGACCUUUUACGCAGCCCCUCAAUUCAGCCUCUGCCUGAUACAGGUCGUUAAAGCUUCUGUCUCUUUACAUAGCCCCCUGGUAGGGGGGCCUUAAACAAUAGUAUUAGGAUUUCAAUUAUUUUUCUCAUUCUUUACUUGAAAUGGAAGCCUCUCAAAUAUAUUCAUGCAUCACAUCCGAAAUACAUGAGUGGACAACAUGAACAACCUGUGGAACAAUCUCAGCAACAAAGACUACAGAACGGUCAUCAUGAGGAGGAAGUAAAAGUAACUUUGCAGGGAGUAUUUUUUUACAUAUCUUCAACCUCAAAUUUUGGACAUCUGAUAUCAUAAUAGUAUAAAAAUAACAGAAAACCAAAGCAUAAAAUCAUCAUUGUCACACUGCCCACAAACAAGAGGAGAUGCUGCUCUAGAGUAAAAAGUAAUUUCUAAAAAGAGAUGAUAUGAUGGAAUCCUUACACUUACCCUGUUAUACAAGGAUGUUCGGCAGGUUUGGAACAAACAUGGUGACAGAAUGAUAGUGAAGAUAGAACAAAGACUUUCCUCCACUCAUUGUCCUCUCACAAGCUCAAAAUUAUGAACAGAAAAAAGAAAUAUAAACCAAGGCUUUGAACAUUGUUACUCAUAAAUAAAGAACAGGAAGCCUUACAUUUGUUUGUGUGUUUGUCCAAAACCAGAACUCACUGCUCCUCACGUUUCU